AUGGCCCCUCAUUCUAAAAGAAACUCCUUCAAUUUAGGUACUGCUAAUUUUGGAGGAGUUGGCUGGGUAAAACAAUCUCAAUUACUUACCUUAGCCCGCAAAUAUGAACUGGAUGUCCUUAAUAUCCAGGAAACUCAUUUAAAAUCCAGUACGAAAGACUAUUGGAAUAUAUGGUACUUAAGGUCCUUCUUUCGUGGCUACUUAGUUUACAAUUCCAACGCCACUGAAGGUGAUAAUGGAGCAGGAAUUGCUACUAUUAUCAGACCGUCACCUUUUAUUAAGGUGCUCCAAUUCGUCGAACAUAUUCAAGGCAGAUUAUCAGAAGUCAUUUUGGAACAUAAAUACCUAGGUGUGGCUCGCAUUUUCAAUUGGUAUGGCCCGGCUAACAAAAACAAACUAGAAUUCAUGAAUAAGGCUCUCAAUAUUAUCAACAUUUCUGCUCAAACAGCGGUCUUUCAUGGUGAACGUAUUGUCAUAUUGGGAGAUUUGAAUGCCAAUACUAAAACAUUCAGUAAGGUAUCUUAUGCCGCCCAUGAACGACUAUUAAUUGACCAAUGUGACAAAUUGAAACUCUUUGAUGUUGUUCCCAUUCCAAACACACCUUCGUUUUCUCAACGCAACAAAUACUCUCAUGGAUUUUCUCGCCCGGACCAUAUUAUUACUUCCCACAAUGACUAUUCUGGUGUAGAAGAUGUUCCUACUGCUUAUUCUCACAAACUUUUAACUAUCUCCUUCCCCAGUAAUCCCAUUUUAGACUUCCCAGAACAGUUCAACAAAUAUAUUAUCCAUCCUAAAAUUUUACAAUCCAAGAUGAAGGAAAUUAAUAACGAUUUUGCUAAGGAAACCCCUGACACUCUUUUAGAAGCCCAAAAUACCCUUGCUAAAAUUGUGAAGAAAUAUGGUUCUCUUAGCACAAACAAGCCCUCAUUGAUCACUGAUAAUCGUAAUGUCAGACAAUUUCAGACUUUUAUUUUCGAUUUGAAACAAUAUCUCUAUAAGCGUAAACAUGUUUCUACUAUCACCAGCCAAUUUUUGAACAAUAAUUUUAGCCUCAACAAUGUCAAGGGUAAAUUAGAGGAAGCUAAAACCUCACUCAACAAGCUUAUUGGAUCUUUAUUGGCUGACCGUAAACGGGUCUUUGUGAAUAGAAUUAACAAUCUUAAUUCUAAACAACCGUAUUCCUAUGCCUUCAGAAAAGAACUAGUCAGUUCUUCUAUACUCAAUGUAGUCCAAAGUAACCAUAACUCGACAAUUGUAGAUCAUUUUUCAGCCAUGUUUAAUACAGAACAAGAAGUGACUAAAACUCUCCCGGAAAUCAAGAAAAACAAUACUGUAGCCCAAUGGAAAUUCCAUCAUAUCACUGCCAAAGAGUUGGAUAAAGUUAUUUCUAAGACAAAAAAUUCUAUGGCUGGCUAUGAUAACAUUUCGGUGCCAUUGUUGAAAAUUCUAGACAACAAUUCGCUCCAAAUACUUGCAAAAUAUAUCAAUCACACAAUUGACAGUGAAAUGGUUCCUGAAGAAUUGGGUAUCGGUAUUCUACUCCCAUUACCCAAAAUCAACAUGCCUACAAAAUUAUCAGACUUUAGACCUAUAGUUGUAUUAUCCGUGAUCUAUCGUCUAUUUUCUUCUAUGGCUCUGGAUAUCAAAAAUGCUUAUGGAUCAGUAAUCCAUAAAAGAUUUAUCAGCAUUCUCAACGGAUUUCUAUCCUCCCCUUUCGAUGCGAAUGUUGGAGUUCCGCAAGGCGAUCCUUCAAGCCCGGCAUGGUUUAAUCUUUAUAUUAACUCCUCAACUAACAUACAAGAAAAGCUUAAAGGAGUUCAAAUAUUUAAUAUUACCAUCCUUUUAUUAUUAUAUGCCGAUGAUAUUUUAUUGAUAGCUAAUACUAAGAUCGAAAUGAAUUCCUUUCUAAAAAGCCUCGGCCGUGAAUUAAAGAAAAUAGGACUCGCUUUAGCUCCCAAGAAAUGCAAACUCUUAGCUAUUACAGCCAAAGCCAAACUAUCUAAGGCCCUAGUCACUAUUGGACAGGAUAUAAUUGCCACAUCUUCUUCUAUUGAAUAUCUUGGGGGUAUAUGUACCUUUAAGAAUGAUUUUUCUUGGUCCUCUGAUAAUCCAAUCAACAAAAUCUCGAAUCAACUGGCAUCAGCUAAAACUUCUAAUCUAUAUCUCAACAGCAUCACCACUACAUUAAUGUCCAAAAUCAUAUCUUUGCCUAGAUAUGCCUGUAGUUUCAAUGGAAUCAAUAAGAAUUCUCUAGACAAAGCAGAUAUUAUGGUUGCUAAUUUUGUCAGAAAGGCUAUUGGAUUAGAUUACACAUUAUCAAAAUCAGUCAUUUUUAAUUGCAAACAAAUUGGGGGCCUUGGUAUUACUCGCCCCUCUACUCAACUCCAACAACAUCUACACCUCACACCUACACACCCAUUAGACACACUAUCGUCGGACAGUUGA